CAGAGAGGGAGCGCGCAAAAGAGUGGAUUAUAGAGCAAACGGGAAAGAGGGGAUAGCAGAGGACAAUAAAAGGACUAUAGGGAAUGGGAUCGUUAUAAAAUAAAAUACAACACAGAAGAACGAGACGAAUCAAAAGUAAAUGGUGUGACAACACAGAAAGGCGCUCUGGACUUCGCUAAAAGGAGAGAGGACUAGAAAUCGAAACAACGUUCUUGCGCCAGAGCUUCCGGAUUCACGACUAGUCACAUACUAUGGAUACCUUUAAAUUCGGCAGUUUUUUAAGAAGGAAUAGAUUAGAGUAAAAUACGCGAGUGGUUUUAUUUGUUGUUGUAAUCAAGCUAACCAACGUUUUUACACGAAAAGCAGUUAGCAGUCCCAUCUCCCUACUGCAGGUCACCAUGCCAGUCUCCAAUCCUUCAGAGCAGAUCUCCAUCUAGAGGCUUCCCCAGACACUGACUGUUUCUGUCGCGUGUCUCAGACCGACAGCCCUAUGAUCCCUGAUGAUAUGGGAACAGUGCGAGUCAACAGGUAUAGCAUUGUAGGAGAGGACGAAGGCCUGAAAAUUUCAACUCUGGGCCUGCACAAUGGCCACAGCACCCUGUCACCGUACUCCCUGGGUGUGGCAGGGGGAGGGGCCAGCGGAACAGUGGGAAGCACAGGAGGAGGAAUGUUGGGAGUACCAGGUGCGGAGAGCGCUUAUAGAGGGAGGAAGAUCUCUACCACGGGGCCGGGGCACCUCAGGAGCCGUUUCGUGAGGAAGAAUGGCCAGUGCAACGUGGUCUUCGCCAACAUGGAGGACAAGCCGCGCCGCUACCUGGCCGACAUCUUCACCACCUGCGUGGACAUCCGCUGGCGCUACAUGCUCCUCAUCUUCACCACAACCUUCCUCUUAUCCUGGCUCCUCUUCGGCCUGGUCUUCUGGUGGGUGGCCCUGGCCCACGGCGACUUCGACGUGCCCCCAGAGCUGUCUCUGGGAGGGACCGGUGCGGUGGGGGCGGGAGGGGGCCCCGGCCCAAAGGAGAGGGAGAAGUUGUGGAAGCCUUGCAUUCUCCACGUGCACAGCUUUGUGGGAGCCUUCCUGUUCUCCAUUGAAACCCAGACCACCAUCGGGUAUGGGUGGCGCUGCGUCACCGAGGAGUGCCCGGCUGCCGUGGUGACGGUGGUGGUGCAGUCCAUCGUGGGCUGCAUCAUCGACUCCUUCAUGAUCGGCACCAUCAUGGCCAAGAUGGUGCGACCCAAGAAGAGGGCCCAGACGCUGCUGUUCUCGCACAACGCCGUCAUCGCCCUGCGCGACGGCAAACUGUGCCUGAUGUGGCGCCUGGGCAACCUGCGAAAGAGCCACAUCGUGGAGGCGCACGUCCGCGCCCAGCUCAUCCGGCCCUACGUCACCGCUGAGGGCGAGUACAUCCCCCUGGAGCAGACUGACAUCAAUGUGGGCUACGAUGAGGGCCUGGACCGCCUCUUCCUGGUCUCCCCCUUGGUCAUCGUCCAUGAGAUCGACGCGCAGAGCCCUCUCUACCACAUGAGCAAGGCCAACCUGGAGGCGGAGGACUUUGAGAUCGUGGUGAUCCUGGAGGGGAUGGUGGAGGCCACCGCCAUGACCACCCAGGCCCGCAGCUCCUACCUGGCCCGCGAGAUCCUCUGGGGCCAUCGCUUCGAGCCCGUGGUCUUCGAGAAGCAGGACCGCUAUCAGGUGGACUACUCCCACUUCCACAAGACCUACAAGGUGCCCUCAACGCCGCACUGCAGCGCCAGGGCGCUGAGCGAGAUGACCAGCCGGUCCUCGUCCACCUCCUCCCGCUCUGUGUCCCCAGUCAGCCCCAAGGCCUCCCGCCACCUCAGGCCCCCGCACUCACCCAGCGCCUUCUGCUAUGAGAACGAGGUGGCCCUGCGCUGCGGAGAGGAGGAGGAGGAGGAGGCGGCGCAGGGGGCCCGGGAGAGGGACAGUGGCGAGGGGGAGGAGAGGACUGUGAUGCCUGAUUUUCAGGAGCGGUUCCCGGAGCAGUCAGGAGACAUGCUGUGUGUCCUGGACAUGGAGAAUCAGAUUGAGUUUGACAUGCUGCAGGCUGCUAUUCCUCUGGACCCACUCAGCUAUAGGAGAGAGUCUGAAAUCUGAAGAGACACUGACAACCCAUCCCAUUUCCUCGAAAAGAUCCCAUCAAGAUCUUUGUACAGGGAGGAUAGCUGUUCCACUCCAUGUCCACUCACAAGCCAAGCAAAAGCAAGACCUUAUUCACUAUAUUUCACUUUUUUUCUAUCCUUCCAUCAUUUCCUUUUUUCUUUUCUCUGCCCACGACUACAGUGCCCAUUCUCUCUUAUUCCCCAUUAUUUCAGGAAAGGUUCCCCAGGUGAGGUGAAGGCCAGCUAGCACCUCCACCUCCUCACGGACUGACCCAUCUUAGCCCAUGUUGCUGAGCUGAGCAGCUUCUCUCUUAUUAUUGGCCAGUCGGGCUUGCUGUCACUAUGAUGGUCGGUGUGGCUCUCAAUGUGAGACUGUGACGAUUAGGUGUAAGCCAGAGGUGUCAAACUCCAGUCCUCUAGCUACA